GUAUAACUGAGGACCGGUUAAAAGUAACUCAGGGAGAUCGCAUUUAGUCGAAGAGUAGAUUUGCUCCGAAUUGGACGGGAAAUAAUACCAAUGGCUACAGGCACCCCAGAUAAUCCGAUAAUUCAAACCAAAACCGGGAAAGUUAAAGGGCAGUUAAUUGAAUCGAUAUAUGGCGAUAAAUACUAUUAUUUCGAUGGAAUACCCUAUGGACAACCGCCGGUGGGAGAGUAUAGAUUUAAACCACCUCGCCCUGUGCUAAAAUGGCCUGGCAUCGUGGAUUGCACAAAAUCGCCGAAUAAAAGUCUACAAUGGAAUUGGCGUUUAAAGGAAGUACAAGGAUCAGAGGAUUGUCUUUAUCUGAAUGUCAAUGUUAAGAAGUUAGAUGCCCAUCCUAAGCUACCGGUAAUGGUUUACAUACAUGGCGGCGGUUUUAAUGGCGGCGAUCCCACUCGUCGAGCCUGGGCACCUGACUAUUUUAUGAUGAAGGAUGUAAUACUCAUUACAGUGGGCUAUCGUUUGGGGGCCAUGGGUUUUACCAAAUUCAAUGACCCCUCAUUGGGAGUUGCCGGCAACUGUGCCUUACUGGAUGCUGUCCUGGCUUUGAAAUGGAUUGGCGAUAAUUGCCAAUACUUUGGUGGAGAUCCUGAAAAUAUUACCCUGUUCGGCCAUAGUUCUGGUAGCCACAUGGUCCAUAUGCUCAUGAAGACCCCCAUUACAAAGGGUCUCUUCCAUAAGGCAAUAUUAUUGGCUGGUUUUCACAUGGACCCAUUUCCCCAUCCCAAGUGGCAAUAUCGUUUGGCCAAAAAGUUGGGUUUCGAUGGCAGAGAAGACGACGAGAAGUCACUGUGUGAAUUUCUGACAAAUGUGGAUGGUUCGAAAUUAUGUAAUUUUGAUGUAUUCACCGAGGAGGAGAAACAAUUAUUUGAAAUAAUUAAAACAUAUCCCUGCUGGCCGACUAUGGACGAUACUGUUAUCACACAGAAUCCUGCCAUAGCUCAAAGAACGGCUUGGAGUAACCAAAUUCCCUUGAUGAUGGGUUCGAAUUCAACAGAGGCUCUGGGUCAAUAUAAGAAAUUUACCAAUCCCGAGACUUAUGAAAUGUUUAAAAAGAAUCCAAGAUUGCUGCUGGCGGAUAAUGUAAAGACUUUGAAGGAUGUCAAGUUGAUAAAGGAAUUGAAUAGGAGAAUUAAAGAAUUGCAUUUUGGUGAUAAAGAAGUGUCUGUGGAAAAUUUUGAAACGGCUUUGAUGAACGAAUCCUACAACAUGAUCUACCACGAUGAACAUCGCCUCAUCCAAUCACGUUUAAAAUAUGCCUCAGCCCCCACCUAUUUGUAUCGUUUUGAUUUUGAUUCGCCAUUUUUUAAUCUCUAUCGCCGACGAUUUUGUGGUCCCGAUGUCAGGGGUGUGGGUCAUGUCGAUGAGUUGGGUUACAUUUUCCUUUUGCCCGAUGCAUAUAAAUUGGAUAAGAGUACCCCUGAAUACCAGUGUAUUGUACAAAUGAUUGAGACAUUAUAUGCAUUUGCCAAGAACUCGGAUCCUAAUAAUCAUCUACUGCAGCCCGCUCAUUGGGAACCUGUAUCACAGCGCAGGUCCGUACCCCACUGUUUGAAUAUUGGCUAUGAACGUACAGAGUUUAUACCCUGGCCAGAAUAUGAAAAGUGCUGUGCUCGAGAUGAAACCUACCAAAUGACUGACAUUGUAUUGUAUUAUUCCGUAUCUCAGUCCAGUGUCAAGCGUCAAAGUGUUCACAUCGUAAUGGUUCAAUUGGUUGAGUAUCCCGAGAUAAAAUUACCUGUGGGUCAGUUAAAGGGCACCACCCGAACGACAAUUUAUGACGAUAACUACUACAGUUUUGAGGGUAUACCAUAUGGUAAGCCACCGGUGGGCGAGCUGAGAUUUAAGGCACCCCUACCCGCCGAACCAUGGACGGGGGUUAAAAAUUGUACAGAUUUUAAUAUUAAACCCAUACAGAAGAAUCCCCUAACUGGCAUUGUUGAGGGCUCUGAGGAUUGUCUGUAUCUGAAUGUGUAUGCGAAAACGCUGAAUUCCCCCAAACCCUUGCCUGUAUUAGUUUGGAUAUAUGGUGGCAGUUUUCUAUUCGGAGAAGCCACUCGUCACAUGUACAGCCCUGAUUAUUUCAUGAGCGAAGACGUGGUGGUGGUGACUCUAAAUUAUCGCCUCUGUUCAUUGGGUUUUCUAAGUGUUGAAGAUCCCUCGGUAGAUGUGCCCGGCAAUGCUGGUAUCAAAGAUCAAGUUUUGGCCCUAAAAUGGGUUAAGCAAUACAUUCAGCACUUCAAUGGUGAUCCGGAAAAUAUAACCGUGUUUGGUGACAGUGCCGGUGGGGCCUCUACACAUUUCCUAACAGCCACCGAACAGACCAGGGGGUUGUUCCACAAAGCCAUUUGCAUGUCGGGAACAAUGUUUAAUGGUUGGUCCAUAACACCACCCAAGGAUUAUGCCUAUCGCCUGGCCAAACAGCAUGGUUACCAGGGUGCAAAUAAGGAUGUCGAGGUUAUUAAAUACCUGCGUUCUCUUAAGCCAGACCAACUGGUUUGCCAUGAUGUUCUCAAUGACGAGGACAAGCGGAAUGGCGUUUCCUUCAGCUUCGGGCCAUGUAUUGAGCCAUAUGUCUCAGAGAGCUGUGUUGUGCCAGAACAUCCUCGCAAUAUGAUGGCAUCGGCUUGGACCAAUACCAUACCAAUUAUGUUCGGGGGCACUUCUGAUGAGGGUCUACUCAUCUAUCCGAAAUAUAAAAUGUUCCCCAAAAUGUUACAGGCCUACCAAAUGGAUCCGGAGCGUCUGUUGCCCCAUGAAGUGAAAGUGAAGAAUGACAGGGCGAAAAAUCUGGAAUUGGCUAAAAAAUUGUCAGAAAAUCAUUUUGGUGAUAAGCAUCCGCAUGAAUCGGAUCUAAGCAAAGUUAUUUAUUAUUCGGGUAUAAAAAUGUUUUGGCAUGGUGUUCAUCGGUCCGUUUUGGCACGCCUCAAAUACGCCUCCGGCCCCACCUAUUUGUAUCGCUUUGGCUUCGAUUCGCCCACCUUCAAUCAUCAUCGUAAGAGAUUCUGCGGCAAUGAUAUUAAGACUGGUGUUGCCCAUGCCGAUGAUAUUUCUUAUCUCUGGUAUGCCUUCUAUUCCUGGAAAUUGCAAAAGAAUUCCAAAGAAUAUCAGACUCUGCAAAAAAUGGUAAAGAUUUUUGUAGACUUUGCAAAGGCAUCGGUUUUGGAUGAAUUUGAGCUGACUGGUUUGGUAAAUGAGGCAAAAUCGAUUAAAUGGAAGCCCGUACAAGCCGAUGAUCCAUUUAUGGCUUUAAAUAUUAACAACAAUGUGGAAUUUGCAGUUAUCCCCGAGAAGAAAGAUCUCUUGGUGUGGGAUACGAUCUAUGAACCCGAUCAACUCUGUUGAAGAUGGACAGCACCAGCAUAGUGGUGCACAAAACAUUAAUAAUUAAUUUGUCAGUUUAAAUGGAUUAUUUGUAUAUGCAUUAGAAAUGGUUUUUAUCAAUAGAAAUUAAAUUAAAAUAAAUAAAUUAAAAUGCUAAUUACCAAA